AAAUGCAAACCGUGGUUUGCAUCUCGUAAAUCUGUAAGAACAGUGAAAGGGUGACUUUUGUUCGUAUGCAUUUCUCUUAUCGAUUCAUAGUUUUCAAUCACGUGAUCGACUCACUAAUUUGGCGGUAAAGGGGCGCAGUGGUGUUUUGCCCACGUGAACCUUGCUUUGUUGCACAUGCGGAAGAGGUCCAUAUAAGAAAAAUCUUCUCCUUCUAUGAUUGGCCGUUCUAUCGCUGUACCCAGAACAGCCAACCAGAGAAGCAGUUUGACUGGGAGCGCAACAAAAUGCAAAAAAUGAGCGGGAGUUCUUCAGUUGAUUCUGAGGCUGGAAACACUGAAACAGUUUAUUUACAAAAAUGCCCGCAACUUCUGAAAUACACGCCGGGGAGCUGCCGAAGCAGGGCAGCUGUGAGAAAGAGGAAAAGCAGCGGCUGACGACGGCGGCCGAGAAGCAGAAAAACUCUGGAUUUUUCUGUGAUGAACAAGGAUAUCUGAGUCUGGUGGAGCACAUCUUGGAGAACGGCCGCUUAAAGGGGGACCGAACCAACACUGGAGUCCUGUCCCUGUUCGGCGCUCAAGUCAGAUACAGCCUGAGAGACCAGUUUCCCCUGUUGACAACAAAGAGAGUGUUCUGGAGAGGGAUCCUUGAGGAGCUGCUGUGGUUCAUCAGGGGAUCAACAAAUUCCAAGGAGCUGUCAGAAAAAGGAGUGAAGAUCUGGGAUGCCAACGGGUCUCGGGACUUUCUGGACAACCUUGGGUUCACUGACAGAGAAGAGGGUGACCUAGGUCCUGUGUAUGGUUUCCAGUGGAGGCACUUUGGUGCAGAGUACACAGACAUGCAUGCAGAUUACACAGGACAAGGUGUUGACCAGCUGCAGAAAGUCAUUGACACCAUCAAAACGAAUCCAGAGGACCGGCGCAUCAUCAUGUGUGCCUGGAACCCCAAAGACCUUCCUAGGAUGGCGCUGCCCCCCUGCCACGCACUCUGCCAGUUCUACGUGUGCGACGGCGAGCUGUCGUGUCAGCUGUACCAGCGCUCAGCUGAUAUGGGAUUAGGAGUGCCUUUCAACAUCGCCAGCUAUUCACUUCUUACCUACAUGAUUGCACACAUUACAGGACUCAAGCCGGGCGACUUUGUUCACACCCUGGGAGAUGCUCAUGUUUACCUCAACCAUACUGAACCUCUCAAAGGGCAGCUUCAGCGAGAGAUCCGACCAUUCCCCAAACUGAGGAUCCUGAGAAAAGUGGAGAAAAUCGAUGAUUUCCGCAUGGAGGACUUUGAGAUCUACGACUACAACCCACAUCCCACAAUCAAAAUGAAGAUGGCUGUGUAAACUCAAGUCACAACGUUGUUCUGAAUGAACAGUAUGCUCUCCACUGUAAUGUGUGCCUGCUUCACUCAUGCUAAAAGUUCAGUUUUUUUUCUGUCUGGUUUGGGUGAACUCUCUUUUAAGCCUUAAGCACUUCAAAGUGUUUUUUUCUCUCUCUUCAAGUUCUUUGUUUUGUGUUUUAAAUGAAUAAUUAUCUAAGUCUGUAAAUAAAGAUGUUAACUUUGUCAGCUUGAGCGCAAUCUAGUUGUACAUUCAGUACAAAAUAUGACACUGGUGGGUAAGUGGAGAGUUUGCUUUGAUUUUUAGUUUAUUUAAAGAGUUUGAAGAUGCUAGUUGUGACUUUGCAAGACGUCACAAAAGUUAAAAGAUGUGUUCAUAUAUCCUAAUAAAGGACGGGUUUACCAGUUAAAACUAA